CAGUGGCGUCCUGAGGCAGGUGCGGGCGGUGCGGUCCGCCCUGGGUGACACCGACCACACGGGUGACAAGGGACCCGCUCCACAAAAAGGUAAGUUGUAAAGAAAGCUGACGAUCCCUGCAGGAUGGAUCGGAUCUGCGGAUUGAGCAUAAUGGAUCGGAGUCUGAUCCAUUAUGCUCAAUCCGCAGAUCCGAUCCAUUCUGCAGGGAUCGUCAGAGGGGGUGUCACCAAGUGUUACCGCACCGGGUUACACCAACCCUAG